CUAUGCUUAUACUAUUAUUAUCCCAAGUAGAUUUAUAAUUUCUAAGAGAAAUGAGAAUAUUACUCAAUUUGCAAUACUAACGAAGAACAUUGUAACAAUUAAUUAUUUACUUUGGUGAUAUGUUUUUUUUUAAUAGUUAUUGUUAUUUCUACUUCGAUAUGCCAAGGAAAAAUUAGCAAUCGUGAUUUUCGUAUUUUAUCUAAUGUCAAUAUUUAUUAGAAUACAAUAAUAGUGACAGCUGAGUGAAGAAUUAAGUUGUUGCGUAGGUAGUUAUAACUGCGCUUAAAUUGUCGAAUUACACAUGUAAUAAUAAGCAAAAGAAUCAACGGUGAAUUGUACAAUUUAUUACUAGAUUUAUAAAAUUGUUUGUAAAUAUCAUUUAUGGAUUAAUUUUGUGGUGUCCAUUGCGACUGUGUAAAGACAGUCAAUUCUAUAUAUAGCGAUCAUGGAACAAAUGAUUGCUUUGAGUACACAAAAUCCAUUAACUUUAUUGGUAAAGUUUGGGAUGAUGGCUUGGAAUGAUACUUGUGGCAAUGAAAAUUGCUCUGGACAUGGAGAAUGUCAUAAUGGUACUUGUUUAUGUGAGAUUCAAUUUGAUGGAUUAGAAUGUCAUGUUCCAAAUUUAAGUUACUAUAUUGCAUUUGCAACUAUAUUUUUUAUGCUGGCAUUUGUAUGCCUUAUACAGCUUAUUAUGUGUAUCAUUGCUGAAUGGCAAAAAAUGAAAGCACCAUCUUUCCUUAGAGCUUGUAGAGUCACUACACAGAAAGUUCUAUAUUUUAUUGUAUUUUUGGCAUCAUUAAUAAGAGGAGCAUAUUUUACAUCACCGACUGCAUUUAAAGAAGGAUGGUCCAGAAGUUUAUUAUCUGCAUAUUAUCCACUUGUUUUAAGUGGAUCGUCUUUAAUUGUUUGUUUCUGGGCUGAAGUAUUUCACUUGAGAAAUAUGUCAUGGGACAAACCACAAUUUCUUUCAAAAUCAUUCAUGGGUUUUGCUGUGUUUAAUGUGUUAACAUACUCUCUGCUUCUAGCAGAGUUCAUUGUUACUCAAAUAUAUUCCCAAGAAGAUCAGAGCUUUUACACUCAUGUUUUUAAUGGCUGUUAUGCAGUGCUCUUGUUUAUUGUUGUAGUCUUUUUCUUAAUUUACGGAGUGGAAGUGUACUUUAAAAUUCGAGGUGGUUUUUUGAAUGAUUAUCAAAAUAGUACAAUUUUGAAUAAACGUACAGUCACUGAUUUGAAAGUUAAUGCUGAAGAACAAGUUACUGCAAAAUUAUUUGAUCCUGUUCCAAGUACAUCACAAUCAUCUCAAGUGCAAGAGCAAAUAAAUAUUUCUCAGUUACAUCAGUCACGUGUAGGAUUAUUAUCACAAGCUUUUAUGUUAUUUAUUAUUGUUGGAUUUUUGUGCAGUGAAACACUUAGUGAAUUUUGGAAAGCAAAAGUUCCUUUGUAUAGCAGAAAUUGGCAUGAUAUUGUUUUUCGUAUUAUUGAAGUAGGUGUAAUAUUAUGGUUUCCAUGUGUAUUAUGGAAUUGUUUUAGUCCUGAACAAUUGUGGAUUUUAAAUCCAAAGCGUCUUUUGAAAAGAUUAGAUCAUUCAAAAUAUGUGAAAGAAAUAGAAUUACAAGAUAAAAGCGCAGAACAAGAUGCCGCACUUUUUUCGGAUGGAACAUCAAUCAGCAGCAAAGAUUGUUGGAUUUGUUAUGACAGUGAAAGACAAGAUGCUGGCCCAUUAAUACAACCUUGUCAAUGUAGAGGUGAUGUGAGUGCAGUUCAUCACAACUGUUUGCGUCGAUGGUUGGUCGAGAGUUCUAUAAAUGCUGAUAGUCUUACUUGCAAAGUAUGUGGUACAAAAUAUAAUGUUGAACAUGCAAGUAAAUUAGAUUGGCAAAAUGGUAUAACUUCACGUCAUUGUUUACAAACUAUUGCCAUUGUGACAACCAUGUGUGGAUCAUCAGCUGCAGCUUGGACUCUCAUUCAGUUAGUAGAAGGUCCAAUUAUUAGAAUGUUUGCAGCUGGUACUGCAUUGUUGGUUAUGUAUGUUUGUAUAAGGUUUUUAAGCUUAAACACAGUUGUGGCAUAUCAGCGUGCCAAAAUUUCAUCUUUAAAUAUUAUUAGUUCUGACAAUAAUGGAAAUGCACAUGUUUCAACUAUUAGUCAUACAGUUUGUGUAGAUUUGGCAAAAUCUGAAACAGCCACGAUAUAAGUGAUAUUUGACUAUUAAUGAUUUAUUUUAUUUUUAUUUCCAAGAAAAUUCUUACAACUAUAUAAAUGUAAAAAGUAUGCAAAAUUGCAUAUAUUAUAUACUUUUUUCUACAUCUUUACAUUUACUUUCAAUGUUAAUGUUGGUAAUUAUUUAACGAGUUGUGGAAAAUGAAUUACACAAUAAUUUACUAUAUAUUAUAUUUUUUUAAUAAUUAGAUUAUCAAAUGUUCUUUAAAUGUCCAACUAGUCUGUCAAUAAGUUACCAUAAGUUUAUAAAAAUUUUGUCUAUUUUUUGUUUUUGAGUUUGGUAACAAAUUGAAAUUAUUGUUCAAAACAAUAUUUUUUGUUUUAUGAAGAAAUAUAAAUUUGGGAAGAGUGUUCUGUUACUAUACAAAUUAGAUAUUGUUUAAGCAAAAAUGUUUGCUUUUUAGUUGCAAAUAUGCAACUUUAAAUUUAGAUUGAUGAAUUAAAUAUACGAAUAAAUAUUUUUAUUUUAUAAAAUGGAAUGUUACCAAUGUUACAAAUACAUAUACAGUUCUGUAUUGUUUUUGAAACUAAUGUCUUCGUAAAUGCAGAAACAAAAUGUAGGUGAAUAAUUGUAUUUAAUUGAGUCUAUGUUUAUUAUAGAACGUUAUAAAAAAAUAUAUGCAAUAAUAUAUGCAAUAGAUCAUUUUGAAUUAUAAAAAUUUGUUUCUAGAACAUAAAGAAGUAGUAUAUACUAUAUUUUAAAAUUCAUACUAGAUUUUAUGAUUUUAUGAAAUCAGAAAUAUCAUGAAUAAUGAUAAAUAUUUUCUAUAUAACUCAUUGACGCGAACAUUUUUAAGUGGGUUAAUAAGAAUUAUUUCUGCGAUUUUAUAUUUGAAAAUACUCGUAUUUCAUAUAUCUUAGUUUUAUAGGAUGUAUAUAUAGUAUUAUAAUUAAAAAGUGAUAUAUAUUUUCUCUUCUUGAGAAAGAGUAUGUUAUAUACUAUUGUAAUAUUAACAGUUACUUUUUGCUGUAUUUUUUGUAGUAGUACAAAAAUAUUCUAAUUUUAAUAACUUAUUAUAAAGCUAAUAUACAUCACAAGUGUGUGGGGUAGUUCUACCAAUAACUGUUGAAAAAUAUAUUUGUAAAUGUUAAUAAUUAGCAAUCCUGUAUUAAAUAAUACUGAUAGAAAUAUCUGUUUAAUAUAAAAUGAUAAAUUAUCACGAUAAAAAUAUCAUUACUGUCAUAUCUAUUUUUGUAUUAUAAAUUGGCUAAUAUAACAAAUUUAUAUUGAAAACAUAUAUAUAUUUAAAUUCAAUAAUUUAUUUUUCAAAAUUUCCAAAUUUAAAAUCUUUUAUGAUUUAUAUUGCUAUGCCCUAUGAUAAUAUUCCAUUGCCCUGCGGAUAAAACUUAAAUAUAUUGUUUGCUAACACAUCAUUUGAUACAACUAACUUAAAAAUAUCCCUAUAGAAAUAUAACAAGUUGUAAUAUUAACAUUAGUUAUAUAUGUAAGCAUAUUCAGGUAGGAAAAAUAAUAUUAAGUGAGAAGAUGCAGACUGUAUCAUGUCCAAGUUGAUUAUUAAAUAAAAAGGCCAAAAUAAAAUUA